UCCCGGGUAAUGAGCCGGGAAAAGUCAUAUCCACGUGGUUUGGUGCAUGCGCAGUAAAGAGGGCGUUGCCGGGUCGGUCACUCCCGCUGUUUCCCGCCAAAAGAUGGAGAAUCCAAUAUUUCAAAACUCUGAUCUAUUUGACACUGCUGAGUCUCCCUCACCCCCAUCAUCCCCGUUUCACUCUCAUUCUAGUAGCAAUCAUUUGAAUGAUAGCACACAACUUAAUGAUAAUGAAGAACAAGAAGGAGAGAGAAGAAGAAUAGAAGCUAAAAGCGAUGAGCCAUCACCACCUCCUAAAAAGCGUCAAAGAAAAACAAGAGAGAAACAAGGAUUGAGUAAGCUUGAUAUUAAAAAGAUGCACAGUGAGAGCCAGCGAUUGAUAAGGGAAUCUGAAAUUAAAUUACCGCAAUAUAAGCCUAAACUAAAGACACUGGACUCCUUCAUUUCAAAACUUAACAGAACCAAAGUAUCACUGAGAAAAGCUACUCCUAAACUUCCUCCUCCUCCUGAGAUAACAGAAUCAGAAGAUAAAGAGAAUAUCCAAUCAAUUAAAACUACUAAUGAACCAAUUAAAACUACUAAUGAGCCACAAAUUAGGAGGACACCCUCUCCUCUUUCUCUCCCUCCUCCUUCAGAUGAUAACAUAAAGGAUGUGACUGAUGUUGAGGCUCCACUCACUGCCCCUCCCAUUAAUGAAGCCCCUCCCACUAAUACUGAUGUGACUAAAGGUCUAUUUAAGGAAUCUCCUCCUGCUUUAUCAUCUCGUCAAUCCUCUCUCUUCUCUUUUCUAAAGACUCCUUCAGAGAAAUCUGAAAAUAUAGAGGAGCCCAAAACCACAUCUCCCCCUGUUGCUCCCCCUCCUCCAUUGCUUAGUUCAGCUGAUAAGUGGGAAGAGAUAAGUAUCUCAUUACCAGAACUAACACCAGUUCAAGAACUACAAAGAAAGUUUUAUAGACAAAUAAAACCAAGAAAUAAUAAGAAAAAGCCAUCAGCAGAGGAGAAUCAAGCUAAUUUUGAGACUUUGAGAGCUGAGUUAAAGAAACAAGUAAUGACAAAGAGAAUGAAAGAGAUACAAAAGAUUGAGGAAAUAAUAAAACUUGAGGAGGAGGAGGAAGAGGAAGAAGAGGAGGCAGAAUUUACUGACAGAGAAACAACUGAAGAAGAGGAAGAGGAGGAAGAAUACAGUGAGAGUGAAGUAGAAGAUACGAGUGUUGUCGUGCAUAAAACUGAAGUGGAAGACGAUGAUAUAUUGUUUGUCCCAUUACGUAAAACAAGGCAAUUAAUAAUCGAUGAUGAUGAUGAUGACAACACUAAUAAUGAUACCCUAGCAACAUCAUCAAGAGAUUCCCAUGAAAGUCUGGCAACUGCUGCUACUGCAACCAAAGGUGACAUUGUAGAGGGAGAGUCACUGAUGGAUAAAGCUUCUAUAGUUGAAGAGAAAGGAAGGGAAGAGGAGGAACCACCACUGGUGUAUACCGAGCCAUCAGAUAGUUAUGUAUCUGAUAAAGAUGAAGAUAGUGAUGACAAAUCAGUCAAAAAUGAUGACAGUAUUACAGAAGAUACUACAACACAGUUGCUGUUCACUGCUCCUGUCUCGCCAGAAGAAACCAAUUCCAGUUAUUAUCCUAACUCUCUCCCACCUCAUCAGCCUGAAAGCACAACAGCUUCUCUUCCUCCUAUUUCAAGGGAGAACUCUAGCAAUGUUCCUUUUGUGUUGAGACAAAACAGCACUUUAUCAUCAAUAUCUAGUGAAAAGGAUAUAUUCAGAGGACUGGUGACCGAGAGGAAAGAUGAUGAUGAUGAUGAUGAUAGGAGGGACAGUAGAGAGGAGAGCACAAGUACCAGACUAAUGUCAAUGGUAGAUGAAGACACACAGUUCCUGGACUCAGAGGGAUUUUUAUGUGCUAAGAGGCAGCCUGAAGCUAAGUUGUCUUCAUUUUCAGCCAUUACCAGUAUUAUGAAUAAGGACAGAGGAGGGAAGGGGACAGCUGGAGAUCCUUCCUUCAGUCAGAUUGAAGCAAUGUGCUCGGGAUCCUUCAGUAAAGGACUGGAUGGUCCUGAAGGUACUCAGUGUAGCUUCAGUGACGUGGUCGGACUUUGUUCUGGGGUUUUUCCCUCCGCUCCCUCAACUACACAGAUUGCAAUGGCAACGAGCAGUGAAGACGAACAAGACAACGUGAUGCUGACUUUGAAACGAAAAUCAAAGUCCAAACAACCAGAUCAAAGUGAAAGAUUAAAAGAUUUUGUCGAGAGUGAGGCAGAGUUAUCCGGAACUGAUAUAGCGUCGGAUGAUGACGAGGAAGAAAUGGGCGGAGACUCGUACGAGGAGGAGGAAGGGGCGGGGUCAGACGUGCCCCUAUCAGAGGGAGAGUUAUGGGAUCAAGUAAAUAAAGUUCACAUGAAGCAGUUAGCUGAUGAUGAUAAAGCUGAUUUAAGAAACAUCAAAGACAGAUUCUUAUUAGAGGGUGAUUUGUGUGAAGAUGGUCUUUAUCUCAAGAACGGGUUCUUUAGAUCACGUCGUUUUGCUCCAAAGAGAACUGGCUCCGAAACCUCGCUUGACAUGUUUUUAGAGACGGAGAGAGAUUUUGAGUUAGGAGAAGGAGAAGAAGGAGAUGACGACUCUCAAAUUGAAGCAAAGAAGAGAAGAGAUAGACUGGAGAGGGACGAAUUUAUUAGAAGAAGCCAGGCUAGAUCAGAUCUGCUAACAUUCGAUGACAACAGUCAGUCAAUUUUAAAUCUAAUCAACGAUAACUCAUCAUUGGCUGUGCCACAAACUCCUGAAGUCAAAACUGCUGUAGAACCAUUAUCACUAUCAGCUAAAAGGUCAAGGUGUGGCUCAUUUCUUAAGCACACUCCUUCAACUCUUCAAAGACACAAGUACUACAUCAGCUGCUACUGGCGGAUGCUCUUUUGUCUUCAGGAGUGGAAUACCAGCUGGAACACCUUCAUCUACCAAAUCUAAUGGUCAAAAAUGACCCAAAUUACUCAAAUCAACAUGUUUGCCACACGAAGAUUGUGGGCCUGGAAGCAACAGUAAUAGCAUAUUCAAUGAACUUUAAUCCUCAAUCAUUAUUAAUAACUUUUAUUUAUCGUCAUGAAUGCUGCAUGGGCAUGACUGAAAUUUAUUGUCACUAUUGUUAUUAUUAUUAUUGUUAGCAAAAAAUCAUGGCAAAAUCAUAAUGAAAAACAUGAUCAAAAAAGCAAAAAGGUUGUGAUACAGUUAAACAAAAUCAAUAGUACAA